CCUUCUCGUCUCUCCGCCCCGGAGGCGGAGCCCUGACGUUCCCCACUCGGACUGAGAGACCUCUGGUGUGCUAGGCUGCUGCGACACUCCGCGACGUUCCCGAUUUGUCAUCGCUCAGCUGGAUCCGCCGGAUAAAUGGAGCCGGGCAGCGAUGUGUUUCAGUGGGGCCACGGCCCGCCACUUCUCAGUAACCCACUCCUGGACCAGCUGCCCAGUUACCAGUCUCUUCGGUACCGCAGGCGACUCUCAUCAGGAAGUAGUAGGCGGAAGCGGAGUGUCUCACGUCAGCGAAUGGGCUCGUCCUCGAGUGGCAGAUGGGCAGGCCCAGACACCGAUGACCUGCUGAAGACCAUUUCCCCACAGAGGCCAGUUAAGGAGUUACCCAUAAGCAUGUCGGACAAACGCCGAGUGUGGGAGCAUCACAAGGAGCAGCACAGGGACUUGAGCAGCUUGCAUCAGUGGUGGCUCGGCAGGCAAAGAUCUUUCAGGCGCUUCAAGGAUGACAGCCAUGAGUUGCUUUCCGCUCUCGUACUGUGGAGGAAGGACAUUCAUGUUAUCGAGGGUAAAUUUGGCACCGGUAUCCAGUCCUACUUCUCUUUCCUGCGCUUCCUGGUUGUGCUCAAUCUGGUGAUGUUUCUGAUGUUGUUUUGUUUUGUCACCCUUCCUGUCAUCAUUUCCGACUACGAAGUGGCCAACAGCACAAUGCUGAAUGUGACUGCCUCAUUUAAUUGUACAAUUUACCCGAGCACAGUGCGGCAAGGCCUGGUGUUGUUCCAUCAGUACAUUAUUGAUGCCCUUUCAGGAACGGGUUUCCUGGAGCAGACCUACCUGUUCUAUGGCUACUACAGGAUGGACAGCGUGCACUUCCCCACCAUUCAGUACAGAAUGCCCCUCGCCUAUUUGCUGACAUCCAUCGCCUGCCUUCUGCUCAGUCUCUUCUGGACUGUGAAAAGAUCCGUGCACGGGUUCAAGCUGAACCUCAUUCAGGAUGAAGAUCGCUUCCAAAGCUUUUGCAACAAAAUAUUUGCUGGCUGGGAUUUCUGCAUCACAGAUGAGAGAGCAGCGAGACUGAAGCACAGCAGCUUGCACUACGAACUGAAGACAGACUUGGAUGAGGAGCGCAUCAAGCAGAAAAUCGCCCACCGGACCCGCAAGGAGAUCUGCCACAUCUACUUCCUCAGGCUUCUCCUCAAUAUGUUUGUGAUCGGCGUGCUUGGUGGAUGCUUCUACGCCAUAUACAGAGCCACAAUUUACUCACAGGAAUACAGCCAGACUCAGCCGCAGCAAGCCCAGAACUUCAUCGUAGGCCUGAUUGUUGAAUAUCUCCCCUCCAUUGUGAUCACAGCUGCCAACUUCAUUACUCCCCUGAUCUUUGAGGUGGUCAUUCGGUAUGAGGACUAUUCUCCGGCCUUCGAGAUUCGCUUCACUCUGAUAAGGUGUGUGUUUGUGCGGCUGGCCAGCAUUGGGGUGCUUCUCUUCACCUUGUGGUCGCAGAUCACGUUCUGUGGCGGAGAAUCUUGUUUUUGUGGCUAUAACAACAACCUGUACCCGUGCUGGGAGACGCGUGUUGGCCAGGAAAUGUACAAGCUGGCAAUAUUCGAUUUCCUCAUCAUUGGCGCUGUCGCUGUCCUCGUCGAGUUCCCCAGGAACCUCAUCGUUACCCACUGUAGCUGCUCGCUAGCCAAAUGGUUCGGACAGCAGGAGUUUUCUGUUCCCCAGAACGUUUUGGAGAUUGUCUACGGACAGACCAUCUGCUGGAUUGGAUCUUACUACUCCCCUCUCAUCCCUGGCAUUAGCACCAUAAAAUAUUUCAUCGUUUUCUACAUUAAGAAGGUCUCUCUGAUGCAGAACUGCCGUCCAUCAACACGGCCUUUCCGGGCCUCCAGUUCCAACUUUUUCUUUCUGGCUGUGUUGCUGAUCGGUUUGCUGGUGGCCUGCGUUCCAGUAGGAGUGACCAUUGGACAUAUAAGCAGCUCCAAAGCAUGCGGGCCCUUCAUGAACUACAACAUUUCGUGGGAUGUGGUCCCGUCGGCCGUUGAAACGUUACCUGGCGGUGCGAGGAAAUUCUUUUACGUCAUCAGUUCUGAAGCCUUUGCUGUGACCUUCUUUGUGGUAGUUUGCCUUGUCUUGUUCUACUUCAUCGCCUUGGCCCGCGCACACAAGCUCGUCGUGAAGCAGCUGAAGGAUCAACUUCACAUGGAGGGACGAGACAAGAUGUUUCUCAUACAGCAACUCUACAAGGCCCAGAAAACGUUUAAGCAGCAGCAGCAGUUGCGGCCCCGGACGGAGGGAUCGGAAUUGGAGCAGGAGGGGAUGUUACACCCUGACCGGGACUACUACAGACCCCCCUCUUCGGAUGUAUUUCCAGAGGAUUAUAUGGACUAUAACUUGACUUCAGAUAUGUCCGAUACCACGGACCCCGUGUCGUCCAGCAGGAUGCGGAGGCUGUCGGCGUCCUCGUGUCUGGCGGGAGUCGCUCGACUCUCUGAACGUUUGCUUUUACGCCUGCCCUUGACGUGUUCGUUCUCGGUGUCCAGGGGUCCGCUUUGUUGUAAGUGGGAUUCUGGUUCCGGUCUGUCAGAGGAGAACUUUGUGUCUCCGGACAUUGCCAAGCAGCUCCGCAGGAAGCCUUCAGGGGCUCAGCCUGAUGACUUUCCUCACCGUUCUUGUGUCCUCCUGCAGUGGGCCGACACUCCUGCUCUUCUGGCCAGAAGUCUUCCUCAUUUCCUUCAGAUGUCUGACCUCCAAAGUGGUGACUUUGACUCGAGACGUCCCUGCCACUGUCCUGGUGACGGCCUGCUCCAGGAUCACCUCCUUGGCUUUCUGAAUCGCUUCCCCUGGCACCGUCUGCUCUUCGGGUUUUCCCAGCUGACCGUCCUCAUCUCCCUCGUAGCUGGCGUUCUGUUCCUGUGGAUGGAUCUCUGCUUCGGUCUCCAUCGCAACUUCAUCGUCUCCCAGCAGCAACUCCUUGGCAGGCCUACCACCCACUGCACGGCCUGCGCUCAAAGAAAUCUCGAGACGCCAGCGUGUGGGAGGCAGCUAAAGGGCUCAGGAGAAGGUAAUUCCCAGUCCGACCAGCGGGUGGCAGACUCCACUAAUCCUUUCUCUUAUCUCCCCGCACACCAAAUGCGGAAAAUUCCGGGACGGCUCUCAGGACCUAAUAUUUCUCUCCCGUUCAUUCUCCAGGUGGGCACAAGCCUGGGUGCCAUGCUGAGCCAGAGCGUCGAUGGCACCCAACACCCCAUUGAUUUCCUGAGCCGGGAACUGCUGGACCGGGAGAGCAGCCCGGAGCCUCCACCCUGGAGCUCCAAGUACCUGGAGUUGACUCAAAUGGGCGCCUCAGAGUCCCGCUGCAGACCUCCAGAGUCCCCGCCCGGUUACUCUGGGUUCCAAAGCUGCGGGUGUACACGGCAACAAUGUGCAAGUGGCUACUGCUGCAGUUUGGCGCUGGCGACUUUUGUCGCCGCUGAGGAUAUCGUCGUUGGCUGCGGAGGCUUCGUCAAGUCUGACCUGGAGAUCAACUACUCACUAAUCGAGAUCAAGCUGUACACCAAGCAGGGCUCCCUGAAGUAUCAGACGGACUGCGCCCCCAAUAAUGGCUACUUCAUGAUCCCCCUCUAUGACAAGGGUGACUUUGUGUUGAAAAUCGAGCCGCCCCUGGGAUGGAGCUUUGAACCUACAAGUGUCGACCUCCACGUGGAUGGGAUGACAGAUAUCUGCACAAAAGGGGAAGACAUCAAUUUCGUCUUCACUGGAUUUUCUAUCUCUGGAGUGGUCAUAAGUAAAGGGCAGGAGCAGGGACCUUCAGGAGUCCAGGUGUCCUUGAAGAAGAUCGGCUCUGAUGUGGACCUGCAGCGCACGCAGACGCAGCCAGGGGGCAGGUACACCUUCUCAAAAGUACUCCCAGGAAGUUAUGAAGUGCAUGCAACGCACCCAGCAUGGAUCUUGCAAGAGAGCACAACAUCAGUCCGGGUGUCAAACUCUAACGCCCAGGCAGCCGAGCCCCUGAUGGUUAAAGGGUACGACGUCUCUGGGGCCGUGAAGAGCGAUGGAGAGCCGAUGAAAGAAGUGGCCUUCCUGCUGUUCUCCAGGAGUGUCAACAGGGAGGAUGUCUCCGGCUGCAGCACGGCCCCCCUGGAUGGGUACCCCACAGAAGAAGAGUCCCUGGCAUAUCUCUGCAGUGUCCUGUCCCGGGAAGACGGCACGUUCACUUUUCCAUCUUUGCCCAGUGGUGAAUAUACCGUGGUGCCUUUCUAUCGGGGGGAGAGGAUCACAUUUGACGUUGCGCCGUCUCGGAUGGAGUUCAAAGUGGAGCAUGACAGCUUGAAGCUGGAGCCUGUUUUCCGUGUUAUGGGCUUCUCUGUGACAGGCAGAGUCCUAAACAGUCCCGACGGAGAGGGAGUGGCCGAUGCCACAGUGACACUCAACAAUCAGAUUAAAGUGAUGACGAAGGCCGACGGCUCAUUCCGCCUCGAGAACAUGACUGCGGGUUCCUACUCCAUCCGGACGCACAAGGACCUCAUGUUCUUUGAGGCCAUCACGGUCAAGAUCGCCCCCAACACCCCUCAGUUGCCCGACAUCAUCACAGCAGGGUUCAGUGUCUGUGGCCAGAUCUUAAUCUCCCGCCUGCCGGAAGGCAUGAAGCACAUGAGCAGGUACAAAGUGGUGUUGACUCCUGAGGGCAAAGACAAAAGCAACUCUCGGACUGUCGAGUCGGAUGCUCAGGGGGCCUUCUGCUUUCAGACCAAGCCGGGAGACUACAGCAUUCAGGUGAACGUGCCCGAGUCGGAGGUGAAGGCUGGCCUGUCGCUGCAGCCCAAGACUUUACUGGUGACCGUUGUGGACCGACCUCUGAUGGACUUGCUCUUCACUCAGUUCAUGGCCUCAGUUUCAGGGAAGGUCUCCUGUCUCGCCGCCUGCGGAGAUCUGACUGUGACCCUCCAGCCAACAAGCCGGCAGGGCGAGAAACGAAGCCUCCAGCUCUUUGAGAAAGGAGACACCGUCCCGUUCACUUUUGACAGGAUCUUACCAGGAAGGUAUAAAGUGAGCAUUGCCCAGGAGGAGUGGUGCUGGAAGCAGAAAUCUCCGGAGGUGGAAGUGCUGGAGGAGGACGUGCUGGGCGUGGAGUUUCGGCAGACUGGCUACAUGCUUCGAUGUUCCUUAUCGCAUGCCAUAACGCUGGAGUUUUAUCAGGAUGGCAGUGUGCCGGAGAACGUUGGAGUGUACAACCUGUCCAAGGGUGUCAACCGCUUCUGCCUUUCCAAACCAGGCACCUACAAAGUCACUCCCCGCUCCUGCCACCAGUUUGAACAGGACUUCUACAUAUAUGACACUUCAGCGCCAAGCAUCCUGACUCUCACGGCAGUUCGACACCGUGUGACUGGGGUGGUCACCACAGAUGAGCUGAUGGACAUAACUGUCACCAUCACGUCUUCCAUUGAAAGCGAGCCGGCGCUGGUCAUGGGCCCGCUGAAAUCUCUCCAGCAGCAGAGGCAGGAGCAGCAGUUGCAGGAGAUCGAGCUGCGGAGGCAGGAACGCGAGAGAAGAGGAGAGGGCGAUGGGAAAGAGGGGACCCCCGUGCAGGAGAAAGUCGAGGAAUUGCACGGCCCGUUCAAUUAUGAGUUCUCCUACUGGGCCAGGGCCGGUGAGAAAAUUCUGGUGACGCCAUCUUCCAAAGUGCUGCUGUUUUACCCACCAGAAGUGGAGGCCACCAUUACAGGAGAGGGCUGCCCGGGCCGAAUGGUGGAAAUCCAAGGGAAGGCGGGCCUCUUCCUGGAAGGUCAAAUCCAGCCGGUGCUGGAAGGAGUGGAGAUCACCAUCAUGGAGAAGGGGACGGACGCAGUGCUCAUCACUGUGGCGACUGAUGAGAUGGGAGCUUACAGCGUGGGCCCCCUGCACCGAGACCGCGACUAUGUCAUCAGCGCCAAGAAGGAGGGCUUUGUACUGACGCCCGUGGAUGGCACUCGGGGCGACUUCAAGGCUUUUGCAUUGGCAGGGGUCACUUUUGAGAUCAGACUGGAAGAUGGCCAGCCCCUCUCUGGCGUGCUGCUCUCCUUGAGCGGGGGACAGUUCCGUUCCAACCUCCUCACUCAAGACAGCGGCGUUCUCACCUUCAACAACUUGAGUCCUGGCCAGUAUUACUUUAAGCCAAUGAUGAAGGAGUUCCGCUUUGAGCCGGCGUCCCAGAUGAUCGAGGUGGAAGAAGGCCAGAAUCUGAACAUCGCCAUUACUGGAUACAAGACGGCGUACAGCUGUUACGGCUCCGUCUCCUCUCUGAGCGGCGAUCCGGAAAAGGGCGUGUCGGUGGAGGCCGUCGGCCAGGGGGACUGCAGCCUGUACGUGGAGGACACCAUCACCGACGAGGAGGGCCGAUUCCGCCUGCGUGGCCUGCUGCCCGGGUGCAAAUACGUCAUCCAGUUGAAAGCAGAGGGUAACGAGCACAUCGAAAGAGCCCUCCCACCGCAUCGCGCCAUCGAGGUGGGGAGCAGCGACAUCGAGGGGGUCAACAUCAUCGCCUUCAGGCAGAUCAACCAGUUUGACCUUAGCGGAAAUGUCAUCAGCUCUCCGGAGUUCCUUUCCAUGCUUUGGGUGAAGCUUUAUAAAAGCGAUAAUCUGGAUAACCCUGUUCAGAAGGUCUCCCUGGGGCAGUCCCUGUUUUUCCACUUUCCCCCUUUGCUUCGCGAUGGAGAGAACUACGUCAUGAUGCUGGACACCACCCUGCCACGUUCACAGUACGACUUCUCUCUGCCGCAGGUUUCCUUUAGUUCCUCGGGGUACCACAAACACGUCACUCUGUCCUUCAACCCCAUGCGUAAACUCCCUGACCAGGAUGUGGCCCAGGGCUCAUACAUCGCCCUGCCUCUCACGCUGUUACUGCUGCUGGCGGCCUACAACCACGAGAAGGUCAUCCCCCUGUUAACACAUUUGGCCAGCUGGGCCCAAAGCAUGCGAGGCCUGGGGCAGACCAUGGGAGACAACGCCAACCAGGAGGACGCCAAGCGGCAAGCUAAGAGGCAGAAAGCCAGGCGGACGUGACGGGACGGGACUUGUGUGGAGUAAACGGGGGGGGGGGGUUUGGGGUUGUGGGGGGAUUGGGGUUCAUUAGUGAUAACUCCGGUGCAGUGGUGACGGGUCAGGGUUGGAUAGAUGAAGUCAUGGAGCGUCCAGGGGGCUACGCCAGGGCUGUGCCACUCCACCCAAGGCCGGUGAUGUCUCCACGUCGUCUGUCUCUUCAGCCGCGUGUGUUCUCUUUGUUCUCGAUGAGAGCCGUUUUUUUUUUUUGUUUGUUUUGUUUGUUUUUGUAAUCCUGAGGACUGUUGGUGGGACACUAAAUGUGCCAGUGCUUGAUGACAAAUUGUGGCACCGUUUAGUGGCCGCUGGCAUUCCUGGGAACCGUUUAUAUGCACUAAUGAAGCUGAGCUUUCCAGGUAACAUUUAUGGAGCUCUCGGCCCCAUGGGGGGCUCCUGGCUAAUAUAUAAUUUUAUUUUAUUUUUUUUUGACUGCACAGCUCGCCCCUCCAUGUGCCGUCGGGUCUUUUCUGCUCCUUUGUUCUUGAAGAUGCCCCUGUGGCUUGGCGUCCGCCUCUCCUUCUUUUGCUUUUUGCCCUUCUUCUCUUGCUGUCUGCCACCCUUGCUACCCACUGGGAGCUCUUUGCCACUUGUCUGUAUGCCAUCCCAACUUGCCCCUACACACAUGCCCACCUCACAUCAGCCCUGCCUUCUGUGCUCCCUCACUCCUUCCUUCCAUGCCAAGCGUCCUUACUGUUCAGUGUGGCAUCUUCAGUGAUUUGUGUCUCGUCAUUUAAAUCCUUUUGUUAGAAAUAAAGAGAAGGAGGGGACUAAAAAAUGUGAACGUUGAACCUUUGAGUUAUUAAAGUGAGUCACAAAUCGA